AUGAAAAAUAGAGUUCCCUUGAGAGAAUAAAAGCCAUUUGCCCAUCUUUAAUAAAAAUAGGAUAUUAAAGAAGAGAAAGGACCUGCAAAUUUUGUUGUCCCAGUUCAAACAACAAACAAAAGAAAAUCAAAUUUGCUCAAUAAUAAAGCAUUUGUAGCAGCAAUUAAAAAGGCUUGGCAAACUGGAAAUUUGGCCCUGGUGCAUUAUGAUUUAUAGGAUUUUCCUGAUGAGAUAAUUAAUAUUGACACCAUUAAUUUGGAGGGCGAAGAAUGGUGGUAGAAGUGUCCAUUAACAAAAUUGGAUUUAACCAAUAAUAAUAUUCAAGAUAUCCCUCUAUAUGAUACGUAAACCUUUAUUGUAAACUACUUAGAUUAUAAGAAUUAUAAGUGUUAAGACUGGGAAACAAUAAAAUUGGCAGAUUUCAUUUUGAUUUGACAAAGCAAUUUUAAAAUUUGAAAUCAUUAACACUUCAAAACAAUCAAUUGAUAGAAUUCUCAUGUCGUCUAGAUUCCAUAGUCGAAUUAAAUUUAGCAGAUAAUAAACUAACAGGAAUUGACAACCUCUACUUCCCAAAUUUAGAAAUACUAGAUAUCUCCAAUAAUUAAUUUGCACAACUUCCAUCGUACUUACCUCCUUUGAUCAAAAAGAUAUCUGCCAUCGGAAAUAAAAUACAAGCAAUCAAAUAAUCAGAUUUAAUAGAAUGCAAGAAAUUAGAAGACCUUCAAUUGUCUAAAAAUCAAAUAGCAUUCAUAGAAGAAGGAGCAUUUUACAAUUUAAUUCAAUUACGAGUAUUGGAUUUGAAAGAGAACAAACUUAAGUAUUUUACCCAGGAGUUACUUGGAGAUAAUCAUGAGUGUUUAGACUCAAUUCAGUUAUCUUUUAAUUAAUUGGAUGUUUAUAAUUGCUAUGUAGGAAUUCAAAAUUUAUCAGUUCUACUCUUAAAUAAUAAUAAAAUCAAAGAAUUGCAUAAAGAAAUCAUAAACUUAAAAAAUUUAAAGACUCUUGAUAUAUCAAAUAAUGAUUUGGGUGACUUACCUUCUUAAUUAGGAUUUUUAGCAUAAUUAGUUAGAAUUUAACUUGAGGGCAAUCCAUUAAAGUGCAUUAGAUCAAAUAUUCGAAGUGCCGGCGCUCUUCAAUUAAAAAAGUAUCUUCAAUAAAGAACUGAUGAUGCUGCCAAAUUGGAAGUGUAAGCAGACCCUAAGCUCAAAUAAUAAUUAUAUUAGUCUAAUAACAUAUGGGAAGAAUAUUUAAGGAAUUUCCUACAUAAAGACGAAUUAGCUAUUAGACAAAAAAGUAUCAAUCAAAUAGAUAAUUGUGUAUUUCGAUUGACUAAUCUGAUCAUCCUUGAUUUUUCAUAAAAUAAUAUUGAAAUGAUCCCAGAUCAAAUCCAGUAAUUAAGAAAUCUAAAGAAGGUUAAUUUUAAUGAGAAUAAAAUUACUUAAAUAUCCUUAUAUUUGUUCAAUUUACCAGAUUUGGUGGAAUUGGAAUUAAGAUAAAAUAAAAUUCAAUUCCUACCAUCAAGAGAACAAGUCUAUUUACCUAAUUGUAAUUUUCUAAUAUUAUUUUCAUAGUAAUUCAUCUAGAUCUUGGAAAAAACUUACUUUAAAGUAUUCCUAACUUCAUACCAGAUUUAACAAGAUUAAGGAGAUUGCUAUUGGCAUAUAAUUAAAUUGAUUCAAUUGAUAUUUUACUAUAGAAAGAAUCGAUAUUAGAAGUACUUGAUAUUAGCAAUAAUUCAAUUGAUUAAUUAAACGAUGUAAGUAAUGUAGAUAAAUAUAGGAAAUCUAUUUUAAAAUGCCCAAUUUAUAGCAUUUAAAUCUUUAGAAUAAUAAUAUGAGGACAUUUCCUACGAUAUUAGGUUUCAUGUCUCUAAAAACAUUACAAAUUGAUGGCAAUCCAACAAAAUUGAUUAGCAGAUAAAUAAUAGACAAAGGAACUGUUCACAUUCUAGAUUACUUGGCUAAGAAACAUCCCUUAAAUUAGAUACCCCCUAAGAUUCAACCUAUCAUCAUAGAGGAAGCAGUGAUAAAUAACUAAUCCUAAAUGUCUUAAUAAUAGUCUUUAAAAUAAAGAUAAUCUAAUUAGAAUAGUAAAUCAUCUGCAUCCUCAUAGAUGCUUGUAGAGGAACCAAGAUAAUAGAGAUAAUAUGAGCAAUAAUAAAUAAUAUAGGAAUAGCCUUAACAACAGUAAUAAAGAUAGCAAUAAUAUGUUGAUAUCGGAUAGCUGAGAAUUGAAUUUCAAAAUCUUGAAAUAAAGAUUAAGUAUAUUGAUUUUUGAUUUAAUUUUAGAUAGUUGGAAAGAGAAUUAAAUGAAAACUUUUCAUUAAAUAAGUUCCAGAUUUAAGAGAAAAGGAAAGUUUUAUAGAGUCUUAUGCUUUAAAGAUCUGCUAUAUUAUAAUAAAUUAAUAGUUUUUGA